AGCGAAAGCAGGCUGGUGUGUCUUUAAACCUCCGUUGGCUGCUUAGUCACAGCCCCCUUGCUUUGGGUGUGUCUUUGAGCGCUCCCUCCCUCUUAGGUCACUCUUUCAAAGCCUGGAAUAAAAACCGCAGCCAACUUCCGAGGCGGCCUCAUUGCCCAGCGGCCCCCAGCCUGUGACAGGUUCCAUCCAUUUUCCUUGCCCCCCGCUCCCCGCGACCCUCUUUAAGAGACAACUAGAUCCCUCGGUUCCAUCCCGCACACCAUGGACAAGUGUUGGUGGCACGCAGCUUGGGGACUCUGCCUCUUGCAGCUGAGCCUGGCGCAGCAGCAAAUCGAUUUGAAUAUAACCUGCCGCUUUGCAGGUGUAUUCCACGUGGAGAAAAAUGGCCGCUACAGCAUCUCACGGACUGAGGCAGAAGACCUCUGCCAGGCUUUCAACAGCACCCUGCCCACCAUGGAGCAGAUGCUGAAGGCUCUGGAUGUAGGGUUUGAAACUUGCAGGUAUGGAUUCAUACAAGACAAUGUGGUGAUCCCGAGGAUCACCCCCAAUGCCAUCUGCGCAGCCAACAACACAGGAGUGUAUAUCCUCCAGUCCAAUACUUCCCAAUACGAUACAUAUUGCUUCAAUGCCUCAGCGCCCCUUGAAGAAGACUGUACAUCUGUCACAGAUCUGCCCAAUUCCUUCGAAGGACCAGUGACCAUAACUAUUGUCAACCGUGAUGGCACCCGCUACAGCAAGAAGGGAGAGUAUAGGACACACCAAGAAGACAUCGACGCCUCAAAUAACAUCGAUGUUGAUGUCAGUAGCGGAUCUUCCAGUGAGAAGAGCACCUCAGAAGGCUACAUUUUCCACACCUCCCUGCCCACUGAACACGCAGCUGGAGAUGAGGAUGAAUCCUACUUCACCAGGAGCACCCCGAGCACCAUUGCCUCAACUGUGCACUCAAACAGCCAUGCAGCAACUCAGAAACAAAAUAACUGGAUGUGGUUUUGGUUUGGUAAUUCACAAUCCACGACACAGACUCAGGAGCCCACGGCAUCAACCGCAGCCUUGAUGACCACCCCUGACACACCACCCAAGAGGCAAGAAGCCCAGGACUGGUUUUCAUGGUUUUUUCAACCAUCAGAGUCCAAGAGUCAUCUUCAUACGACAACGAAGAUGCCUGGUACGGAAUCAAAUACCAACCCAACAGGCUGGGAGCCAAAGGAGGAAACUGAAGAUGACACAGACAAAUACCCCAGUUUUUCUGGAGCAGGCAUUGAUGAUGACGAAGAUUUUAUCUCCAGCACCAUUUCAUCCACUCCACGGGUUUCUGACCACCCAAUACAGAACCAGGACUGGACCCAGGGGAAGCCAAGCCAUUCAAAUCCAGAAGUACUACUUCAGACAACCACCAGGAUGACUGAUGUAGACAGAGACAGCACCAUUGCUCAUGAAGAAAACUCAACCCAGGAACCACAGCCUCCUGUCAAUCACCAUGAGUAUCAGGAUGAAGAGGAGACUCCACAUGCUACAAGCACAACCUGGGCAGCUCCUAGUAGUACAGCAGAAGAAGCAGCUACCCAGCAGGACCCAUGGUUUGAGAGUGAAUGGCUGGGGAAGUACUCCCCGACAACAACGGAAGACUCCCAUGUGACAACAGGGGCAACUGCCUCAGACGACAACAACCAUCCAAGUCAAAGAAUGACGACACAGAGUCAAGAGGACGUCUCCUGGACUGAGUUGUUGGACCCAAUCUCACAUCCAAUGGGACAAGAUCAUCAAACAGAAAGGAAGGAUACAGACUCCAGCCAUAGUACAACCCUUCAGCCUGCUGGAACUCCAACUACUCAUGUGGUGGAAGACUUGAACAGGACAGGACCACUUUCAGUGACUACUCCACAGAGUCAUUCUCAGAAAGUCUCUACAUCACAUGAAGAACUGGAAGAAGACCAAGACCAUCCAACAACUUCUAUUCUGCCAUCUAGCACUAGGAGUGGUGGUAGAGACGGAAGAAGAGGCCCAAGCCUUCCCAAAGACACAACUACUUCUCUGGAAGGCUACACCUCUCAUUAUCCAGACGCAAUGGAAAAUGGGACUCUCACCCCAGUGGCCCCUGCUAAGACUGGGGUCUUUGAAGAAACCGAAGUGACUGUUGCUGCAGACUUCGACUUUAAUGUUGAUGGCUCCUUACCAGAAGGCCGAGACACAUCCAUGGACCCCAGGCAUGGUUCCGACACUGUGACAUAUGGAUCCGGAUCAGCUGGACACUCAAGUGGGAGUCAAGACGGUGGCGCGAACACGACUCCUCUUCCUGGGAGGAGACCUCAGAUUCCAGAAUGGCUCAUCAUCCUGGCAUCUCUCCUGGCACUGGCUCUGAUUCUGGCUGUUUGCAUCGCUGUCAACAGUAGGCGCAGGUGUGGGCAGAAGAAAAAGCUGGUGAUCAACAGUGGCAAUGGGAAGGUGGAGGACAGGAAGACAAGUGAGCUCAACGGAGAGGCCAGCAAGUCUCAGGAAAUGGUGCAUUUGGUGAAUAAGGAACCAUCAGAGACUCCAGACCAGUUUAUGACCGCUGACGAGACCCGGAAUCUGCAGAAUGUGGACAUGAAGAUUGGGGUGUAGUGACUACCCCAGUAACUUGGAAAGACACCAAAUUGCUGACAUGUCAAUACUGGGAGCUGGGACCCUUCACAGAUGCAGUGUGCUACUGAUUACUUUCAUUGGGGAUAGUUUCAGCACAAAAUUUUCUAUUCCUUUUACAUUUUCAAAAAAGUCCGUUCCAAUUUAUGAAAACAGCAUUGCUUUCUGAAACGAGGGCCCAAAGAAUAUUCCAUUAAGAAUUUGACUCUUCCAGUUCCUCCUGAGAGGCCUUGCAUUCCCAGGGUAUGCUACAGGUGGCUUCUAUCAAAUUCAUAUUCUUGGUUCCUAUUGAACCCUUUCCCUACCCUAAGUUCCAGGUAAUUGUGACCAGCUAGGGACUUUCCCCAGGGCUUAGAGGAAUUGGUCUCUGGGAGGAAAUUUGAAUGGGUCCAUAUUGCCUCUCCAGCAGUCCAGUCCUUGGGCAUUGCUUUCCAGUGGGGUGGGAGAUCAGGUGUACUGGUUACACACCCUUUUUAUAGACUCCCCUCUCUGCUGGAAAAAGUUCAGAUGCUUCUGAAAGAUCCCCAAAGGGUGAUGCUAUUUAUCUAUAGUAAGCUAUUUAUCUUUGUUUUUGAAAUAUCAAGCCCUGGAGGUCCUGUGUUCAAUAUGACUUUUUUUAGGUUACUUUGUCAGAAGCAUAACAGGGUAUAAGUUGAUUCAUAAUAAACACCUGUCAAUCUUCUAGCUUGACCUUGUGCUUCAGUUUCUAAUCUGCAAGGUCUGAGUCUUCACAGCGUAUCAGGAUGACUUCAGAAUGGUCCUCCUAAACCCAUGUUAGGGCACCUGUGCCCAACUCGGGUUCAUCCAGCUGAAUCUCAUAGAAGAUCAAGGAAGGAAACAUUGUUUUGUAUCUAGGGUAUCAAAAGGGUUUCUUUCCUAUUCUGGAAUCUGAAUUGUCGGUAGGCAAGUUUUGGUCACUUUGUGCUUUGGUGGCCACCCUUUUCUCUUUCUUAAAGGGUACAUUAAGUUUCUAUGUCCUACGGUUUUUAGGGUCCUAUUUCAUAGAAGCCAGUCCUAGUAGUGAUUUCACCAAACAGUAUGGUGGAGGCUUGUGAUGCCUUAUAGUAAAAGGAGAAGCCAACCGAAAUUAAAAUGUAGACAACAAGCUGUAGUUGUCAUCACGAGGGUGUGGUGUACAACCCAUCCCACUAUUUCCAUGGAUGUGUUUGUUGACAUUUUCACAAACAGUUGGUACUCAGAAUGAGUUGCCUGGGAAUCCCCCCAAAAGCCACAGGGCUGCCCACUACUGGAAUCUUACCACCAGACAAGCAGGUUUAUGGUUUAGCCAUGAAAGAAUGGUAUUAACCUCUAACCUCAUAUUCUUUUUACAUACUGGGUUUGGUGGCAUUUAUUCAUCUGCCAGAAUGUCCCAUUGCUCCUGGAUCUUCCCAGGUUAUUUGUAGAAGAAAUUAAAUCUGUAAGGUAAGGUUUCCCGUAAAGUAAUACUUCUUUUCUAAGGCUCCCAUGAUGUUACUGUUGACUAAGUUUAUAUGUUUAAUAUUUUUGUCAAAUAAAAACAAAACAAGAGAAAAAUU